UGCAUUAACACGUAAAAACAAUUCCAUGGUAGAUGCAAGAAACAAGCAUAAUAUGCUACAAUAGUUAUAAUUUCUCCGAUAAUACGUAAGACUGGAUGACACUACACUGGUUAAAGAAGGAACUAACCUAAUUAAUGAUAAUAACACUACUAUGAGUCGUCCCUCAUGCUUAAUUUACGUUACUAUAGAUUUUGAAGAUUGUUAUCUAUGUCGAGUAUCUGGUACAGCACUUGCACUCUGUGUCAGAUGUAGUUAAUAUUUUUUUCUGAAAAGCCAUUGAAAAAAAAAACUUUUACUGCCGCACUCAGAGUCAUUUAAUGAUUACUUAAUCUAUUCCUUAGUAACGAUUUUGUACCGAAAACAUUUGCUAAGUACUUGGUUAAGUAACAUUAAAUGACUCUGAAUACGGUGGUUAGAUACGGGAUUUAGGUUCACUAAAAAGUCACUACCUAUCAAUUUAUUCACAAACUGAACGCAUCCAUCGUACACGCACAGGGCAAAAUCUUAGUGUGGCACAAAGUAGAAACAAAAACGUUAAAUUAAAUCAUUCAAUUACUUUAUUUACGCUAUAUACAACCAACCCCAAUUGAGCACGCAGCAUGAUGAUUAAUGCUCAAACCUUCUCCGUGUGAGAAGAGGCGUUUGGUCAGCAGUGACCACUUAUAGGCUGUUGAUGUGAUUUACGAUAUAAACAAGUAAAAAAAUAUUAUUCUAAAGUGUAACCGAAAAAAUAACAUGAAAUACUAUCACACUCACACUACAUAAACACCGUACAACGAAACUAAAUAGAAACCAAUUUGAAAGAUAUUUCGGCUUCCUCAUUCAUUAUUUAUCCUUGGACCAAAUUCGGCGUCGCGUCGCGCCGGCCGACGUACUAUCGUCAGUAUGCCAACAACUAGCGCCACUCACGCACGCGUCACCCGCAGAGGUCAAUAACCCCGCUCACCGCUUCACACACCAAAUGUGUUUACCGUGAUAUUUUACACAAAACGAAUGUUUUUACUCUAAUUUUUAAUGUAAAAGUGUUGUAAAUUGUGCAUUUUUAUAGGUCGCCAUGGAAGCGCUUCGUUCGCUACGUAUCGCCCACCGAGGGAAAAGAUUAUUAACUUGUAAAAGUGCACCAAUCCGACCAUUACAAUGCACUCCCGCAGCGGUGGUGGGGAUGGCCCGCGAUGCGCACACGCAGACAGUGUACGAAAACAUGGUGUACAUCAGCAACGACAAGGUCAAACUGAAAGCCGACCCCAAAACUAUGAAAUUAAAUGAGAAAAUAGACAAGCCGCUGUGUAUAAUCAUGAACUGGAUGAUGGCCAAGCCGAACCACGUGAAGAAGUACGCGAAGCUGUACCUGGACCAUGACUUCGACGUGCUCUCCGUGGCCUGCACUCCCUGGCAGCUCAUGUGGCCGGCCAAAGGAUCUCAAGUACUAACGGAAAAACUGCUGAGGUUUAUGGAGAUAAACAGUCAGAAUCCGCUGACGGUGCACGGGUUCUCAGUCGGCGCCUACGUGUGGGCGGAGCUGCUGGUCCACGCUGCUAAUGACAAAAAACGAUUCCAGCCAGUAUUGGACCGCGUGGCGUGCCAGGUGUUUGACUCCGGCGCAGACAUCCACGAGAUACCGGUCGGCUUCCCCAGCGCCGUGUUCCCGCGGAACAAAUUCUUGCAGGAACUCUUUAGGACUUAUAUCAAAACCCACAUGAAAGUGUUUCAUAACGUAGCGACGAAACAUUACAUGAAGGCUACGGACGUGUUCCAUCACACUCCCUGCAGGGCGCCGGGGCUGUUCCUCGUGUCGAAGACUGAUCUUGUUGGAGCUGAGAAGAGGAGCAGAAGCGUCCACGACUCUUGGGUCAGGAGUGGAAUCAAGUGUAACUUCAAAUGCUGGGACAAGUCUCCACACGUGCUUCACUACAUCCACCACCCUGAGGAGUACAAGCAGGCGUUGUAUUCCCACAUGAGGCAAUGUGGCUUACUCAAAAACAAGUCAUAGGCUACAGUGCUUCGAAGCAUCGUUGGCGUAUUACCGCGAGGGUGAUUAGAAACAGCUACUCUUAACAUCACGGUGAAGACUUAUAGCGGGUUUGUGAUCCACAGAUUGCUGUUUCGGGUUAUAAGAUAUACGUCGAAAUCAAAGUCAAAUCAUUUAUUCCAAUUAAACCAUAUAUUUAGGUACUUUUGAAACGUCAACAAAGAAUGAAAUAAACAAUAAUCUGUCAGUCUGUCCCUCAGUGAAGCUGGGUGUUGUACGAUACAAGAAAAACUUCAGAGUUCAUAAUAAUAUGUAUAUAGAAAAGGUUGACUGAUUAUGAUUUGAUUAGCCAGCAUUCUAUGAAGUCAGUAGACCUUAAACUACACCAGCGCCUCUAGCGGCGCGAACCGCCAAUAUCAAUGAUCUGAUAAACAUAAUACCUGUUGCAUUUCAGUGUAUUGACUGAAUAUUGAUACUUGUUAUACCCACCUGAAGUUAUGGGUCCUACAUAAUAUUUUUUUGUUUAAUAUAUUUAAAUAAGUAAUUUGUUAUUACAUUUUAUCCAAAUAUUGAAGCUGUAUGCAGCUUUUAAAUAACUAUAAUGCCUUUGUUUUUGACCAAAAGGUUUUUUUUUCUCAUGCAUUUAUGUGAACUGUGAGGUAACUACUCACGGCUAGCAAGUCAACCUAUUCCUUGCUGUGAAAUUUCUUUAUUAAAUUUUAGGGUGUAAAGUUCCCUAAGAAAAAGAGUAUCCUCCGACCGGGCUACAAAAUUUUUGACUUUGUCGUUUUGAUAUAAGGUCGAAAAUCCAAUGAAAAAUUUGGAUAGAUUGGACGUAGGUUGACUAGCUAGUGUUUGUACUUUAGAUUUUUGAAUGCUUUACAAUUUAUAAAAAUAAUCUAAUUUACCUAAGUACAUAAUAUAUUUAGAUUUAAACUAACAACAGUCAAAAUAUCAGUCAUCUUUGUAAGUUCCCAGUUUUUGUAUUUUUUUAUUCAGUGUUUAAUAUUGUUAUACUUAUAAGCAUAAUAGUUAUUAAAUAUAAGCACUCCUUUUUGUUAAUUAAUAUUUUUUUCUCGUAUUUAAGAUUCUUUAUAUGAAAAUACAUAAAUAAAAAAUGUACUUAAA